GUUCUGGCCAGUCAUGUGACUUGAUGUCUGUAAAAAUAUAUAUAAGUACAAGGCUAAAGCAAUCACACAUAUAUUACAUUAUAUUGAUCCUUAUCUAUCCGAGGAUUGUUUAUGUAGUGAGGAAUCAUAUACAUGAAUAUUAAAAUUAGAUAUGGACUCUACGAAAGUAUUUCUUUUUGCCAUUCUCACGGUGACAGCAAGAGCAUUCCCAGAGUUUCACAGCUUCGAGUCUCAUUAUGGAGGAGAAGUGAUUGCUGUUGAAGACGCUGUGUUUGACAAACAAGAACAAUAUGCGCUGAUAAGAAUAAAUUCUCUGUCAGAUAUAAUUAUGUCAACCAUCAAUUUGCAUGACUUUCACUCGAAUUACACCGCCAUCAGGAAUGACAAAAGCCAAAGAUGUAAUAUCUUCCAUACACGACAUACACUUGGUGAAAUGAUAGAUAUGUAUAAUACAUCAAUGAAAAGAGAUGGAUUCUACGACAUUACACAAACAUUUACCUGUAUCUCAAAUGAGAUUGUCCCGACAUCAGACAUAUCUCGUUUUGGAGAAAAGAUUGCUGAAUUCUGUAAAGAUGACGACGUUGUGUUCUCGACACGAAAAUUCCUAAGUAAAAGAAAGCGGUCAAUCAGGACAAUGUCUGUAGCUGCAAUGAACUGUGGGUUUUGUAUUGGAAACUGUAACUCACGACCAACAGACCUAUCACAACCAUCAGACGAUAGGAAUUAGAUAAUGCAUUGACUAAAGUGAACACCUUUUCCUAGAAACUGUAAACAUGCAAAUGUCAGAAAUGGUGUAUUUCUGCUGUCGUGAUAUGUAUAUGAUUUCAAAGGAGACUAGUCAUAAACAAACAUCUGUUUUCCGCCCGUAAGCUUUUUGUUUUCACCUUAUUUUCAUUAAAUUAACUUCAUAUCCCGGUAUUCGUGCGGUAUAAAUAUAUGGAACAAAUGCAACCGAGUGCUUUUUAUGUCUUCCAGUGCCAAACAUUAAACGUUUAUGAAAGACUUAUUUAAGUCUUUAUAUUUUUCAUUUGCCUUCAAAGAAAAAUAAAAUGCAUUGCACUUAUGUUGUUUACAGAUAACUUCUACCAAAUACUUGCAUAGCUUUUUGCUCUUAAUAUAAAACAAUCAUGUUAUUUGUUAUGGUAAGAGGUAACAAUUGAGGCAUAUUUAAAGUGCUUCCGGGACAUAACAGUAAAUAAGUAUAUAAAAUUGCAUUUCUUUCCGCUUAUAUUUUGACCGAAAUAAAGAUGUAAAUAAUUA